GAUUUUUUGUUUUAGUGUUUGCUUGUAUUCGCUCGUUUUAUGAACGUCGAUGAACUCCCGGAACGUUCGUAGUUUCGCUCCAAUUAUAGGAUUGGUUCGUCGGUCAUGCUACAAUAGUACUCGCAGAAAUAUACUGUUGGAUGACAAGACUAAAUUGAUAUGUCAAGGGUUUACGGGGAAACAAGGAACUUUUCAUUCUCAGCAAACUCUUGCUUAUGGCACGAAACUUGUGGGUGGAGUUUCACCUGGUAAAGGAGGCAGUUCCCACCUUGGAUUACCUGUUUUCAACACUGUAAACGAGGCUAAGGAAGCUACAGGUGCAACAGCCACUGUUAUUUACGUGCCGCCACCUCAUGCUGCCGCUGCUAUCCAUGAAGCUAUUGAUGCACAGAUUCCUCUUAUUGUCUGUAUAACCGAAGGUAUCCCACAACAUGAUAUGAUACGUGUACGAAAGCGUCUUUCUGAACAGUCUGCCUCAAGAUUAAUUGGACCAAAUUGUCCAGGAAUAAUAAAACCGGACGUAUGCAAAAUUGGUAUUAUGCCUGCACAUAUUCAUAAACCAGGAACGGUAGGAAUAGUAUCCAGAUCGGGGACAUUAACUUACGAAGCUGUCUUUCAAACUACACAGGUUGGUCUUGGUCAAUCCCUGUGUAUUGGAAUCGGUGGCGAUCCAUUUAAUGGAACAAACUUCACCGACUGUCUUGAGGUGUUUUUAAAUGAUCCUAAUACAAAAUCAAUAAUCCUGCUUGGCGAAAUCGGUGGUGACUCAGAAGAACAAGCUGCCGAAUUCUUAAAAGAGCAUAAUACUGGUCCAAACCGCAAACCAGUUGUAUCUUUUAUUGCCGGUGUUACAGCGCCACCUGGACGUCGUAUGGGUCAUGCUGGAGCUAUCAUUUCGUUAGGUAAAGGCGGUGCUAAAGAGAAAAUGGCAGCUUUAGAAAGUGCAGGUGUUGUUGUCACACCUUCCCCAGCUCAAAUAGGUAAAACUCUCUUGCAAUAAGUAUAACUUCUAACAAAAUAAGUCCAUACAACUGCUCAACUAAAUGAUAUAUCCGUAUGGGUCAUUGAGUUUUUCUUUGUGUCAUAAUGCACGUGAACCCAGUCAGUCAAUAGAAACAAAAAGCCUAGGAUAAAUUUGUUCUGGUCCAAUUUGUCACAGAUCCCACGAUCAUAAAAUAACAUGCAUCUUAUGAUACUACUAUCACCAUCGGUUACCAUGACAAUACUUCUGUCGUUCCUACAACCACUCGAUGAUUAUGUCCUUUCAAAAGAAUUACCUACUUCUAACUGAGCAGUAUCACUGACCUUCCAUUUAAGUGUGGUAAUUUCUUGGUUCCCUAUUAUUACUGACCAUGUUUCUUCACAAAUAAUAGUUUACUCAAUUGCUAAAUUAAACUAGUUAACUCAUAUAUUUUUUUAAAAAAAUUAUGGGAGAUCGAACUACUCUCUUAUUUCAUUGAUUUUUGUUCAAACACUAUAUUCAAACAUCACCUUGUUCAUUCUUACUAAAUUUUUCACUUUGAUGCUGACCGAACCCUGACAUCUGUUGAUCAAUAAUUAGAAAGCAAGAGUUAAGGAACAUUAUUUUCACUCUAUAAUGUAACUAUCCUAAUACAAUACACUAAUAAUUAUUAUCCAAAUAUUUUUAUAGCACUUUGAUAUAAGUGUGUAUGUGUGUGUAACGCUUUCUAGUAAUUACUUUCUUUAAAUUUUGAUUGUAGGCCAUUGCAGAUCUUCCAAACUCGUAAAUAGACUUAUUUAUCGUCAAGUUUUCUCAAAUAUAUCGAAGAUUAUUGCGCUUUAUAUUAUUUGAUUUUUCAUCUUCUAUACGUUGAGUAUCUUAUUUACAUUGCUAGUUUUUUUUCUGUAAUAAAUUGUUUUCACUUGAAUUCUUGUCCACAUGUUUAUGCGAUUAAAUAUUCGACUCGAUUCAGUAUACCACCAAUUCUUGUUAAGUCAAUUUUGAUAAAUGAAAGAGUUGUGUCUUAUUCCAUAGAAUUGUAUCUUAUAUAUGUGUUUUCAUUUUUGUAACUUUCAUCUCUUUUUGGUAGACAUUAAAAUAGAAGUAAUGUUUUGUGCUGCUAGCUAACAUUAAAAAAUGAUGUUAUCAAAAACUGUUGGUUUUUUCAAGGUACAGCCCAUCGAUCGAUAUUACUAGUUGAGAUUAUUUCCUCAGUCAUAGCACCACUAUAUAUAUAUAUAUAUAUAUAUUCUUUUGAUUAAUAUAGUCUCUAAAACCAC